CUACUUUAGCGGAGAUCGUUGGUCUGGAUGAACAAUUACUGAAUGAAGAAUUUGGUCUCCAGCCCCGUAUCCGGUGCAAUCCGAGCCAAAGCGACAAUUUGUUGCAUUUAUCACCAACUGUCCUCCUAGAUGACAAGGAGUUGAGGGAGGGAGGAUUUCAAGACAGAGGUGCAAAAGACGUUCUGAGUAGAGUAGCGAAACAUACCUGCGACUCAGGAGAUCCUUCGUUAUUUCAAGUCCCAGAAAUACCCUCCUUCCACAUGGGAUAUGCGGUAAGAUCCAGUAACAAAGCGAGUAAAAUGGCCAUCGAUGCCGAAGAAGCUAAAGUCUGGAUGCCUUAUAUGAAUCUGUCGCGAUUAAAUCGAGAUCAAUCGCAAAAUCCCGAUCCGGAAUGUGAGGAGUCACAGGAUUCAACUUCAUCAGAUGAAGACAUGGAUAUUGACCCACCAACAGCGGCAGAUACGCUAGAUGAAAAUGAUGAGGAUGUGGUCAGCCCACAGAAGAGCGGACUAAAAUUUUCCUUGAAAGGUUCGCUGAUUCUCUUAUUCUCGAUUCUGUUGAUUUUCUUCGAUAAGAAGAAAAAGAAGAAAAAUUCGGCAAGUUCGGAUGAUGAAAAACCAAAGAUUGGUCCGAAUAAGGUCUCAGAUUUUCUUUUAUUUUGGAUAAUUCCAUAUUUGCUCAAUUACACACAUCAAAAAGUACGAGAGAUCAAGGAGUACCACAAAAAUCGUAAAAGGCCAGAAUUUCCACCAGUGUGUAGAAAGUCAGCUCUUGAUAUCAUCGAGGAUGCUUUGUUAUCUUGUGGAGUUUCAGGUGAACUCAAAGCAACUAUUAGGGGAAAAUACAAAGAUUUUUAUGGCACAGAACAACUGGAAUACGAGUACGAAUUGUUGCAAAGUCCAGAAGGGACACCUAUUAUCCUGGUCCCAAAGGAUUGUAAGGUCACGCAAAUGCCACUCAAACUUGAAGACAUUGGAACUACGUGGCGAAAGCUGAAUAAUACAAACCUGCUUGAUUUGUUCGUAAGCAAGUUUAUCAGAAGCAAGGAAAUCCAAAGGGAUUUCUUUGACUCGUUAAAACUUAUGAAGUUUCGGCAGGGUAUCGACUAUGCAAUCAUACUACCAAAUGCGGACACAUUUAAUGAACUUAAAAAAGCCCUUGAAGAAGAAAGUGGCGACUAUUUGAAGAAAGUCGACAUUUCUGAAGGUGGACGCAAACUAAUAGCUCCCAAACUUGGUCUGGUUACUACCAUGGAGAAGCAUUUAAGGGUUUGCUUUACCUAUUUCCAGAGCAGUGAGGGAAAGAAUGUGGCUGCUAUGUUCAGAGCCAUUGGUGCCCAUUUCCUGGAUCACUUUACCUUAAUUAUUUUGCAUGGCUUGAGCCUUAACAACAGUGACCCAAAUUGCAACAUUGGAAGUCUUUAUCCUGUGGGCAUUGCCAGAAAGGUGACCUUCAGGGGCAAUAGUGUUCAGCUGGAGAAGAAAAAAUGGGAAUCUGGUUGGUAAGAACAAAGGAAAAAAGGAUUUCUCAGCCGGCCAGGGUAAAUUUUGUGGAGCAGAAUUUCCCAAAACUUACAAUUUAUGGCAGACCGAAACUAGAAACGGUGAGGUAGUGAAGAAUCUGAUCUCUCGAGCUAAAGCCAAAUUAGGAUUUAACCCAGAUUUUGAACGUGAUGCACUUCUUCAUGUUGCUUAUGCCACAAAAAGCCAUAAAAAAAAGCUAAAGGAAGAGCCAUUUGGAGCUUCUAUGGCACCUAAUAAGGAAGCUCUAAGCAAGUACCAAAUACGAGCUGUAAAUCUAGAUGGGGCUUUCCUUGGCAAUGUUGUGAAAAGUGGAUGUAAGGAGAACAUUGCAGUUGUCCUUGCCAUCAAAGAUGUCUGUGGGAGAAUAGGAUGUGGUUUUGCAAAUGUACCCCAGGCCAUUCAAUCCAUCAUAGUCAAUUUUGUAAGGGCAGCUGUUGUUGCUGGCCUCUCCAAAGUCUACCCAUCAGAACCAGACGAAGAGGACAGAGAAACGAUUGAUAUUGGUUCUUCCGAGGAGGAGGAUGAAAGUUCUCAUGAUGAACCAUGUGACAAUGGACAAAAUGUGGCUGGUGAUGACCAGGAGCAUGCCAACUUUUACGCAAACCAACAGCCGUCUACAAGUGGGUCAGGCAAACCACAGUUCAAACAAGGCACGCCUAGCGAUGAUGAACUGGAACAUCUUGCCUCAAAUCUUGGUGAUGCUUGGAAAACGCUUAGGCGCCGCUUGGGAAUCAAAGAUCCAAAGCUUGAGGAAAUACGCCAGUCAAACGAGCCUCUCUCUGAACAGGGAUAUCAAAUGCUCAGGCAGUGGAAAGGAGGAAAAGGUUCAGACGCAACUUACCAGAUUUUGGGUCAAGCUUUACAACAUGAGCUUGUGAAUCUGCGAGAGUUAGCGGAAGAAUUUUGCUAUGAGCAACAAUAACUGGAAAUGUGUCCCUAGGGUGUAUGUAUAGAUUGCAUAAUUUUGUAUGUAAUAUCUAAAAUGGAAAACUGGAUACUGCCAUAGCAAAUAAAUUAUAGCCAUGACAUUUUUAAACGCAAAGGUGAGGAAUUUUUUUUCCUUUUUGUAGAUAUUCAUCUUAAUUUUGUAACUGUCUUUGAAAGAGGAAUCUUCCUACUUUAGAGUUGAGUAAUUUUCUCCGAAAGUGAUCAGCUAAUUAUUUUGUAAAUUGUGCGCUUAGUUGCCUCUCUUAUUACGCAUUAAUAUAACUUCUAGACGCUCGUAGCAGACGAUUAAUUGAAUCGAUAGAGCCCGAAACUACAAAAUUAUUUAUGUAAGGGCUGUGUUCGAUGAAGUUCUGCUAUUUUUGAGUGGCGAAUUUUGUUCAACCCCUACAGAGCCAGGUGUAUCAUAGAUUCCAGACGAGGUUUACGUCCUGUAAAAUGAGAAUGAAGAUCUAAACCAGCCAGCGUGCACUGACCGGCAGCAUGCGCGCAUCUCAUGUGACUCCGUAGGGUUCGUAGCGACUACUGAGGAGAGGUAUUAUCUAUAACUUACAAUUAUAAUGUUUAUGCCUCUUGCUCGCUUGCCAAUAACCUCGUGCUGUACACUGUGCAUUGCUAAGGGUGAGCUCGGUUUGCUGGGAGAACUAAACGGACAACCUUUAUUUGCCGUAAUUUGGCCACUCAGUUGAGUGGCCGUUUAUUUUUAAUUAAUACCAAAUCAAAUUACAGUAAAACCGGAAAUAAAACCUAAUCCCAGCAAAGGUGAGGGCAAACACCCAUCGAAUGAGGACUCAACGCACCUAUGAGAAUGCUCGAAAACAAUGGGUGGGUUAAUAGGGUGGGAAAUGUUUGCCCUGCACCGAAGCUUAACUUAAAGAGGCUCGAAAUCACAUGUUCGGAUGUUAAAGUAUCUGCCAUUGUAAGACCCGGAUGUAUCCCAUCCGGGGCAAUGGUAAAACGCGGCGCAUGCUGCAUAAAAUAGUUUAUUCCCUUUGGUAAUAACUGUCAUUUAUGCCUCUUGCUCGCUUGCCAAUAACCUAGUGCCGUACACUGUGCAUUGGUAAGGGUGAGCUCGGUUUACUGGGAGAAUUAAACGGACAACCUUUAUUUGCCAUAAUUUGUCCACUCAGUUGAGUGGCCGUUUAUUUUUAAUUAAUACCAAAUCAAAUUACAGUAAAACCGGAAAUAAAACCUAAUCCCAGCAAAGGUGAGGGCCAACACGCCAAAGCCCUGAUCGAUCCGAGAGACAGGGCCGCCCCACCCAAAGCCCAUGCAAUGAACAGUGCCUGAACAAACACUACUGUAAGAAACAACGCGACUCAAACUGGCAAGGAAACCAGCCAAGUGCCCCCAGGCGCGAAAGGUAGACUGAAAGCUAGUAUCCAUUGUCAUGUUAAUACUAAUGAAAUUAUUAUCAUGCUUGUGAAACAGUUGGCCCUUGUGUUGUACAGCGUUUUCAAGGAUUGAUAUUUCAAGUAUCUUUUAGGUUUACCUUUGUUUUAUUAAGUCUCGACUUUUCGCCCCUGCGUGCUAUUUGAUGAAUCUAUAGUUUUGAUAAUUUAUUUUUACUGUGUGCUUGAA